AAGUUCAAGUAACCUUUUUGUGCAGGGCCAGCCCAUCUGGGGACCCUCCACCCCUACUUCACAGGCGGAGAAACCGAGGUUCAGAAUGCAUGGCCACCGGGUUCUCCACGUACGAUGCCACCUGCCAAAUUGCACAAGAGAUUGCCGAGAAAAUCCAGCAGCAAAACCAGCUCUCAAGAAAUGGUGAAAAUACAAUCAGGCUGACCGUGACAAUCAGAGCUUUGUUGCAGAGUCUGAAGGAAAAGAUCGCCCUUUUGAAGGACUUAUUGCUAAGAGCUGUUUCAACACAUCAAAUAACGCAGCUUGAAGGAGACCGAAGACAGAACCUCCUGGAUGAGCUCACAACGCGGGAGACGCUGCUUCUGGCAUCCUUCAAGAACGAGGGCGCAGAGCCCGACCUCAUCAGGUCCAGCCUGAUGACUGGAGGGGCCCAGCGAGGAGCACCCAACCCCUGGCUUAUUGAGGAGCCAGAGGAGACCAGAGGCUUGGGUUUUGAUGAAAUCCGGCAGCAGCAGCAGAAAAUUAUCCAAGAACAGGACGCAGGCCUCGAUGCCCUGUCCUCUAUCAUAAGCCGCCAGAAGCAGAUGGGGAAGGAGAUUGGGAAUGAACUGGAUGAACAAAACGAGAUAAUUGAUGACCUCGCCAACCUGGUGGAGAACACAGACGGGAAGCUCCGCACGGAGACCAGGCGUAUAAACCUUGUGGACAGAAGGUCAACGUCUUGCGGGAUGAUCAUGGUGAUUUUACUGCUGCUCGUGGCCAUCGUGGUGGUGGCCGUGUGGCCCACCAACUAGUGGCCGGGAAGGGGCCCCCGGCUGGAACACCUGCCAGCGAUGGAGAACAGCUCAGCACCCCCUUGGUACACGGAAAAGCCUCCCUCAAUAAAUUCUCCCCGACGCUCUGAA